AGGAGCUUGAGGUUUUUUCCGCAAACUGCACAAGUUAGUACAACUACAAACAUUUUUGUUCUUGUUUCGCUACUUUUCCUUCGUACUAUAUUCGUUUCUUCUACUACCAUCGAUCAGGGACGGGUCUAGGUCUUCAUCAAGAACCACUAUGGCACAUCCUGUUCCGGAGAAGAUAACAGACGAGGGGUGGCAGGUUAUGUUCCACGCCACGACCUCCUCCCGCGCGUCUUCGAUUUUAGCGGAAAACCGCUUUCGCCCCGGCACGGGCGGGUUUUUGGGGGGUAACAUGUACUUUUCGAAAGCGGUCCACGAAGCUAAAAAGCGGCAGCGGCGUCCUCCGGGCGAUAAGACCUGCGUGGUGCUGCAGGCAAGCGUUUUCCUUGGGAGAUGCGGGCAUUUCCGUAAAGGGUCCGGCACGGUAGGAAUUACCGGAGAGAUUUUGCAUGCGAACAAACUGAACUCUGCGAAGGUGGCGGACGCGGACCAGGACUCGUACUGCCUGUGUGCCACGAAGAACUACAAAAAGAACCCCACGAAACGGAUUAAAAAUAUCGCGCGCUAUGAUGUACCGGCGGCUUCUCCGCAAAAGAGAGGAAAGCAGGAGGACACGACCUCAGAGACCGAGGUCGCGCAGCCGCCCACGAAGAAACGCCGUAUGAGAUGAGAGUGAAUAAAGGUUUUGCCUGCGGAUGUGUGUUUCUUUUUGUUCAUGUACUUACUGUUUCCAAAUCCUUAUUCCAAUCUUAUUUCGUCGACGGAACGCAAAUAAAUUGAAAUUUUGAAACGAACUACAGAAAAUUUUGCAAGGAACUACAGAACUCCCAUCUCAUUUACAAUCCAUCAAAUCUGGUGGUGUGAACUACGUGUCCGAAUAAUCAAGAGAAAAACUUUCGGUGUACUAUCUGGUAUGCUUUUGAAUUGUGGAGAGAGUCUCGACAGCACGAGGGCGGCAACUGUUAU